CCAGGUCUGGCCCUUCCAUGGCUUCCACGAUGUUGCCGGGGAAAGCAGAGAAGAGGAUCGCUUCAUCCAUCUUCAUCACCCUGGUGCCACCGCGGAGGGAGGCAGCCACCAAGGAGAAAACCCAAAGGGAGACGGGGCCGGGUGGUGCUGAGGUCCCGGGCACCCGUCAUGCCUGGACCCCACCACCAUGGCCCCCUGCAUUGCCCAACGGAGAAACCUGCCCAGUGGCCCCCAUGCCUUCAUCCCCACCGGUCCUUGUCCUCUCCGAAGCGCCCCAGCCCUUGUCCGCGGAGGCGCUGGGUCCAGCGCUGCAGCAAUUGGACCUGGCGUCACCCGCCACCCUUCAGGCCCCUUCCGCCUUCCCUGCUGAAUUGAAGCCGCCCAAAUGUUGCCAGGAGCAAGCAGGCAAGCUGCUGUGGCAGGGUGCGAAUGGGAACCCAGAGAGGGACAGCUCCAGAGACAUCUGUGCCUUCUGCCACAAAGCGGUGGGGCCCCAGGAGCCAACAGUGGAGGCAAUGCGGAAGCAGUACCAUGCCAACUGCUUCACCUGCCGGACCUGCCACCAGCUCCUGGCUGGCCAGCGCUACUACCAAAAAGAGGGGCGCCCCAUGUGCGACGCCUGCUACCAGGCCACGCUGGAGAAAUGCGCCAAGUGCCGGGGACUGAUCACGGAGCGCAUCGUCCGUGCCCUGGGCAAAGGCUACCACCCCGGCUGCUUCUCCUGUGCCGCCUGCGGCCGGGCCAUUGGCACAGAAAGCUUUGCCGUGGACGAGCGGGACGAGGUGUACUGUGUGGCUGACUUCUACAGGAAAUAUGCUGUGGUUUGCAGCGCCUGUGAGCACCCCAUCAUCCCCAGCGAGGACAAGGAUGCCUACAAGAUCGAGUGCCUAGGACGCAGUUUCCAUGAGAGCUGCUACCGUUGCGAGAGCUGCGGGACGCCCCUGUCGACGGAGCCAACGGAGAACGGGUGCUACCCCCUGGCUGCCCACCUCCUCUGCAAGUCCUGCCACGUCCGCCGGCGGAAUGAGUCGUCCUGCUAA